UCGUCAGUGCGCGCUGUUAACUUGUUGGAGCGGCCCAAAAGCGCUUGCGCAGCUGAGAUAGUUUAAAAAUAAAAAAGAAAAAGAGGAAAAUAAAAAAUCAAGAAAAAUACAUAAAGCAAUAAUAGCGCAACGUACGAAGCUAGGUAUUUCAAGGUCAUAAGCGUAUCUGAACUCUUAAAGCAGAAAUAUGCCUCGAAAAUUAUUGAAAUUUCUGAUUAUAUUCGAUAAUACGUCGCUGCUGUACUUUCCGGGUCAGUUUCUGUCGGGACGCGUACUUAUUGAGCUACAAGAUGAGACACCUGCUCUGGGUCUGCACUUCCAUGUGGUGGGCGAGGGCGUGGUGCGCGCAGGUGGGCGACAGGAACGCACCUACGACAAAGAGAAUUACAUAGACUUUCGCAUGCGCUUACUGGGCGAUGUGGAUCAGGGUCCUGCAAUACUAUCGCCAGGCAUACAUAGUUUUCCCUUCAAAUUGGGUCUGCCCAUCGGCUUGCCUUCGACAUUCCUGGGCAGCUUCGGUUGGAUACAGUAUUUCUGUACCGCAGCAUUGCGCGAACCCAAAGGCCUGACACACAAGAACCAUCAAGUGUUCAUCGUUAUGAAUCCCAUUGAUUUGAACCUGGAGAAGCCUAUACUAUCGCAACCCUUCACCUGCGAGGUGGAACACAAACUGGGCGUUGUUGCCUGCGUGGGUGGAGGUCAGAUCAAAUGUCGUGUGGUCCUGGAUCGUGGUGGAUAUGUGCCCGGCGAGAAUAUACUCGUCACAGCAUUCAUAUCCAAUGCUAGCAACGUUACCAUAAAACGAACCAAGGCAUCGCUAACUGAGACUAUUGAGUAUUUGGCUCGCGGGAAGACAGUUCAAACGGAAAAGCGCGCCUUAGCCGUCUUGGUGCGUGGCAAGAUACGUCCGGGCGGCAAGGACGAGUGGCACAAUGACAGCCUCUAUGUGCCGCCGUUGCCGCCAACCAAUCUCCACGGUUGCCAUCUGAUCAAAAUUACGUACGACGUCUUCUUCGUCAUCGAGCCGAAGUCUCUGGAAAAGGAAAUCAAAUUGCAGCUGCCAAUUGUAUUGGCCACAUAUCCAUUCCGCAAUAAUGCUAAUGACGUCUCCAAUACAUGGCCCGAAUCUGUGCUGAAGCCGGACACACAUUACCCUUCGACAUUGCCCAUAUUCCGUCCGUGGCUACAUGAAAAGCCAAAUGCAUAACAAAUACGAUAACCGCUCGAUGCGAUGCAAGCAAAACAAAUAGUUGUUGGAUUAAUAUUUUUUGCCAUACAUUAAUUUAUAACUUAUUUAACUCUUAAUAACUUGUAAUAUUUCAAGGAUGACAAAACUAAAAAAAUCAAAUAAGUGGGCUCUAGUCGGGCGCAUCCGACUUGGAGAUACCCGAAAAACC